AUGGAAUACAUAACCCUCACCGGAGAGUCUUGUUUCACGCCCUCUGAGGCCAACAAAUUAAAAGAUCGUGUUAACCAGACGACUUCUACUAAAGUCGCCAAUAUCUUAGGCUCAUGGAUUUAUUACGCGCAUAUCAAAGGAGACAAGAAGGCUGUUGAGCCCAAACUCCAGCAAUUGCUCCCAUUACCUAGUAGUAAUCAACCACCACCUUUAACGCAUAUCGGUUAUACUCGCACUUUUUACGUUAUACCUAGGAACAUUUCCCCAUGGAGUUCCAAAGCUACCAAGGUCUGCGAAGUUUGCGGGCUCAAGACUCAGGUACACCGGGUGGAACGAGCUCGAUCCGUCACCAUUGAAUUCGAACAACCCUUUAACGACGGCGAAAUCUCAUUCAAAGACUUACUGUUUGACCGGAUGACUGAGAUAAUAUCACCCAAUCCACCAGAUCUUGACUCUAUGUUUGUAGAACGAGAGCCCUUACCACUAGAAGUCGUCAAUAUCUUCUCCGGCGAGCAAAGCCCGAUUGACAUGCUAAAGGCAUAUAACCUUGAGCAUGGCCUAGCAUUAGACGAGUCCGAAAUGGAAUACUUGGUUCAAGAAUUCACUCAACUUGGACGACCACCAAACGACAUUGAGCUUUUUAUGUUUGCUCAGGUUAAUUCUGAGCAUUGUCGUCACAAACAAUUCAAUGCGAGCUGGACUAUAGACGGCAUAACCAAGGAUAUGAGUCUAUUUGACAUGAUCCGGAACACGCAUAAAAAGACGCCCGACUAUACUGUCUCUGCAUAUAGUGAUAAUGCUGCAGUGAUGCAGGGUGAGAUUGGACACUACUGGGCCCCUGACUAUACGACUGGGUCCUGGAGACUCAACAAAGAGGUCGUGCACGUGCUAGCCAAAGUUGAGACUCAUAAUCAUCCUACUGCUAUUUCUCCUUUCCCUGGAGCCGCUACUGGAUCAGGUGGUGAGAUCCGUGAUGAGGCUGCUGUUGGAAGAGGAUCUGCCACCAAGGCCGGCCUAUCUGGAUUUUGGGUCUCCGAUCUCCUCAUCCCUGGUCAUCAAGACUGGGAGGUUGACAUUGGCCGCCCCGCCCACUAUGCCAGCAGUUUGGACAUCAUGCUCGAAGCCCCCAUUGGUUCCGCCCGCUUCAACAACGAAUUUGGACGUCCUGCUCUUGCCGGAUGUUUCCGUACACUCUUAACAAACGGUACUAACAAGAGUGAUCCGAGCUCAACAACCGCAGCAGAUUGGCGAGGGUACCACAAGCCUAUCAUGAUUGCUGGUGGACUUGGUAGAGUCAGACCAGGACACGCAAUCAAAGACCCCUCAGAUGUGCACGAGGGCGCACAUGUCAUUGUACUCGGUGGCCCCGCGAUGCUCAUCGGCCUUGGAGGUGGUGCUGCUUCUAGUAAUGCUUCAGGAGAAGGUACCGCAGAUCUAGAUUUCAAUAGUGUGCAGAGAGGUAACCCCGAAAUGCAACGUCGAGCCCAGAUGGUUAUCGACGCAUGCGUCAGUCUAGGAGACACAAACCCUAUUGCAAUGAUACAUGACGUCGGCGCUGGUGGUUUGUCCAAUGCACUCCCAGAAUUGGUCAAGGACGCCGGGUUUGGUGGUAAAUUUGAACUUCGCCAAGUCGAAAGCACCGAUGGUAGCAUGAGUCCUCUUCAGAUUUGGUGCAAUGAAGCUCAGGAGCGUUACGUCAUAUUGGUCAAUAGUGAGGGAAUGAAUCGAUUUGUGAGCAUCUGCAGACGUGAACGUUGCGGCUUCUCGGAUGUUGGCACUGUCGUAUCGAGAACUGAGACUGAUUCCCCCAAACUCAUCUUAACGGAUAGAAAUUCGAAGGAUAAGACGUUUUCACGACCGAUUGAUCUUCCUAUGUCGACCCUGUUCCCUCCAGGCCGACGGCUACAGCGUAUAGUCACAUCCCGUAAGCCAGCUUUGCCGAAGUUUGAUCCGAUUUCCAGCUUGAAAGCUACAUAUGGAGAAAAGCUGCCUGAUGCCGAAUUAUUGAAGAAGGCUCUUCAACGAGUAUUCCAUAUGCCAGCCGUAGGGUCUAAGUCUUUUCUAAUCACAAUCGGAGACCGAUCGGUCGGUGGUCUGACCGCACGAGACCAAAUGGUAGGACCGUGGCAAACACCAGUCGCAGAUGUUGCCGUUACAGCUGCAUCGUUUAACCUGGGUGUGAAAACCAGACAUGGUGAAGCAAUGGCAAUGGGAGAGAAGCCGACGAUUGCUUUGAUAUCCCCUGCCGCCUCCGCCCGCAUGGCGGUUGCCGAGAGUUUAAUGAACAUAGGCGCUGCUGACAUUUUGGGUGAUCUCCGACGUAUUAAGUUGUCUGCCAAUUGGAUGGCGGCCGUAAAUCAUCCCGGCGAAGGGGCUGCUCUCUACGAAGCGGUCGAGGCAAUUGGACUUGAUAUGUGCCCUCGACUGGGAAUCAGUAUUCCGGUUGGCAAAGACUCGACUUCUAUGAAGGCAGCCUGGAAGGACCGCGAGACCGAGAAAACCAAGAGCGUAACCGCGCCCGUCUCGGUUGUAAUUUCUGCAUUUACAGUUGUGGAUGAUAUCAGGAAAACAUGGACCCCCCAACUUCGACGAUACGAAGAAGUAGGAGAGACAAUCCUUAUGUUCGUAGACCUGUCGAACGGCAGCAAAGCUCUGGGAGGUUCUGCUCUUGCUCAAUCAUUCGGCUGCGUGGGUCAAGAUGCGCCAGAUGUUCGAGAUGUUGAAUUGAUAACAGACUACUUUGAUGCAUUGGCCCAGUUGCAUCAGAGUGGUGUUGUCCUUGCUUACCACGACAGGUCUGAUGGAGGACUGAUCACAACAGUGGCCGAAAUGAUGUUCGCAGGAAGAUGUGGAGUUGACCUAAUGAUGGACGGAAUAGCUGACUCGAGCUCUAUUAAAGAUAUGGUGAAUGCACUGUUCAACGAGGAACUUGGUGCUGUAUUCCAGGUACGAGCAUCGGAUGAAAUAAAUCUCAAGAGAUGUUUCGCAACUUGUGGUCCGCCUCCCGGCUUGAUAAGGAGGUUUGGUAGUGUCCAGUCUAAGUCCAAGCAAAGCUUGACGAUUCGCUACGGCACAACACCUUUCGUCAGUCUGGACAGAAGAGAGAUACAGCAAUGGUGGGCGAAGACUUCAUUCGAGAUGCAGAAGCUUAGGGAUAACCCAUCCUGCGCCGAGUCCGAAUACUCAACUAUCUUAGACCAAAGCGAUCCGGGUCUAUCUUAUAGACUUACAUUCGAUCCUUCGGACACCAUUCUACCUCUCACAGCAUCCAUAACUGGUCUAUUCGGCAAGAAUCCUCGAGUUGCUAUCCUAAGAGAACAAGGUGUCAACGGACAUACUGAGAUGGCCUUUGCAUUCAAAGCGGCGGGAUUUGACCCGAUUGAUGUGAUGAUGACAGACAUUAUCUCCGGCCGCUCAUUAGCAGAUUUCGUAGGUUUGGCCGCUUGUGGUGGCUUUUCCUAUGGCGACGUGCUUGGGGCCGGACAAGGCUGGGCUAAGUCUAUUCUAAUGCACGAGAAUGCUCGGAAGGAAUUCGAGGUGUUCUUCAGGAGACCAGACACAUUUACUCUUGGUGUCUGCAAUGGGUGCCAGAUGUUAUCACGAUUGAAGGAACUCAUCCCUGGUGCAGAACAUUGGCCGACAUUCGUAGAAAACACUAGCCAACAGUUUGAGGCGCGUUUUAGUAUGGUCAAGAUCGAAGAUAACAAAGCGAAGCCUUCGGUCUUCCUUCACGGCAUGCACGGCUCGGCUUUGCCAAUCGUUGUCUCACAUGGAGAAGGACGGGCAGCGUUUUCUUCACCGAAUUCGUUACACGCUCUAGAAGGAGCGGGUAUGAUUCCGAUUCGUUACGUCGACAACUAUCUCAACGUAACGGAUAAGUAUCCGCUCAACCCCAAUGGUAGCCCUGGCGGGAUUGCUGGUGUAACUAGCGAGGAUGGCCGUGUAUUGGCUAUGAUGCCUCAUCCUGAACGGACAGUGGUGGCAGACACUGCAUCAUAUGCGCCACCGGCCCUUCUCGAGCAAUGGGGAGAGUUUGGGCCCUGGAUUAGAAUGUUCAGAAGCGCACGAAGAUGGGUCGGCUAG